AUGAUUACCGCCACUAACAUGAGCGCCAGAGAUGGGUGCUCGUGCUGGAUAAGGGACAAUGUGAUCAGACUGGCUGGGCUGAAGAUGAGUGAGGAUAAUAUUGAGAACUGGGCGGGGCGGCCGCGCUUCCUCUGCGGCGUGGUGGAAGGUUUCUAUGGGAGACCAUGGUCUAUGGAACAGAGGAAACUUCUCUUCCAAUGGCUGAAACGCUGGGGGCUGAACUGCUACAUGUAUGCACCCAAGGACGAGCUGAAGCACCGGCUGCUCUGGCGAGAGCCCUACACAGAGCAUGAGGCAGCCCGCAUGCGGUCUCUCAUCGAAGCUGCCCAAGAGCAGGGCGUGGAGUUUGUUUUCGCCAUUUCUGCUGGCCAGGACAUGGUGUUUUCAAGUGCCGGGGAUCGGCUUCUGCUGCAGCAAAAACUCAGGCAGGUGGCUGCCAUGGGGUGCCGCUCCUUCGCGCUGCUCUUUGACGACAUCGACCCCUGCAUGUGCCAAGCUGACAGAGACGUCUUCCCUUCCCUGGCGCAGGCUCAGGCCUCUGUGGCCAACAAGGUGUACCAGGAGCUGGGCCAACCCUCCGUCUUCCUCUUCUGCCCUACAGAGUACUGCAGCUCUCUGUGCUCUCCCAGCCCCAGCCAGUCCUGCUACUUGCUGACCCUUGGCCAGGAGCUGCUCCCAGGGAUCGGUGUCAUCUGGACAGGCCCAAAGGUGGUGUCACAGGAGCUCUCAGCCACGCUGCUGGAGGAGGUGGAGGGUGUCCUGCGCCGACGCCUCGUCAUCUGGGACAACCUGUACGCCAACGACUAUGACUGCAGACGUGUCUUCCUGGGCCCCUACACGGGACGUGCCCCCGGCCUCAUGCCCGGGCUCCAUGGACUGCUCCUCAACCCCAACUGCGAGCUCCAGGCCAACUUCAUCCCCAUACACACAUUGGGCAGCUGGUUUCGGAGCGAGCUGCGGAGCUGUGCCCACCCUGAUCACGCAGGGAUGGAGACUGCAGCAGCCCUGGGGGACAGCCAAGGCCCACAGGAGGGAAGCUACAGCCCCCAGGAGGCCUUGGAGCUGGCGCUGCGUGACUGGGUGGCUGAGAUAAACCGGCAGGCCUUGGAGCCAGUGGUUGCCUCUGUAAAGCCUGUGGCCUCACCAGCCACAGAGGCCUGA